AUGUGUUUUCGGUUCCUCCUGUAUGUUUGUCCUUCAGACUGGAUCAAGUACGAUCUCGGCUCAACGCACAUCUCUUUGACUAUUCCGUCUUUUAUUCAGAAGCUGUUCGCGCACUUCCUCAGGAUUGAGCAUUUUGGGAGCAAGCAGCUCUUUGGACACUGGAAGAGUGGAGCGUGUUUGCCUAGACAUAAGUCUUUGUGCUGGAGAUCCAAGUUUAGAGUCUCUAGCAAGCUCAUCUCUAAAGGGAAAGAAAGGAUGCAUUGCAGAAGGGAGAUUGUGUAG